AUGCGAUGGCUGGGGGGACAGUUCUCUGGACAUGUAAAUAAUCGAUUAAACUUGAUAAGAGAAAAUGAAGACUUGGAUGCAGAGGAAAGUGCACUUGAUCGAUCGUAUCAACUGGUUAAGGAGGAGUUGCUGCAAUUGCAUGCUAAUAGGCAACUCGCUUAUGUCACCGCUUCUGAUUUGAGACAUGUUCGAGUCUAUGAGGAUCAGACAAUUAUUGCUGCUAAGGCACCUUACGGAGGGACGCUGCCUGUACCCCAGUCCAUCACGAAUUCGGCACAAUCGAAGGGACCAGUUAUGCUAUAA